UUUUUAAGAAUGAUGAGGCUUAUAACAGGACUAAGGAAUCUGCCGUUUAGCACACGAGGUUGCGGCGCUCGCCAGGACACAACUCUCAGCACACCUCUCCCUUCCAGGCGUUCGUGCUCACGACCUGCGCUUCUGCCCCGCAGUACGGCCGCGCGCGCCUGGGCCCCAGCAUCUCGCGCUGCCCGGUUGCCGUGGGAACGGUAGAAGGAGGCAGCGUCCGCAGACCUAGCUGUAAGCCGUACCGAGGCCCGGCCAUGGAGCUGCCGGAUCCGGUCCGCCAGCGGCUGGGAAACUUCAGCCGGACCGUGUUCAGCGACUCCAACCGGACCGGGCCGGAGUACAACGACGGUCCUGAUAAUGAAAUGGUUUCCAGUUUGGCAUUGCAGAUGUCACUUUAUUUUAACACUUACUUUUUCCCACUUUGGUGGGUAAGCAGCAUUAUGAUGCUUCAGAUGAAGUAUUCAGUCUUGCCUGAUUACUACAAAUUCAUUGUGGUCACUGUUAUCAUCAUAAUAACCUUAAUUGAAGCUAUCAGGUUGUAUCUGGGCUACAUGGGGAACCUACAGGAAAAGGUUCCUGAAUUGGCUGGCUUUUGGCUUUUGAGUCUUCUGUUGCAACUGCCUUUAAUUCUAUUCUUGCUCUUUAAUGAAGGCCUAACGAAUCUGCCGUUGGAAAAAGCAAUACACAUCAUCUUCACUUUGUUCCUUACUUUCCAAGUUGUUUCAGCCUUUGUUACCCUGAGGAAAAUGGUAAAUCAGUUGGCAACUCGUUUCCACCUCCAAGACUUUGACCGGCUCUCUGCAUACAGAGGAGGCACGAGAAGAAUGAGAUCCUGUAUAGAAGAGAUCUGACCCAGUGCUGUUGAGUGAAAGCUGAAAGAUCCUUUAGCAAGACUGUAAGAGGAACAUAUCAGAGAUCUAGCAUGAGAGAAAGGACAAAGCAAGUGUUUUGAACUGUAUAUUGUCUAGCUCUGAAAUUCCAAAGCUGGGGGCAAUGAUAAGACUGAUUGUACAGUACACGAAAGCAGUAAGUCAACCCUACAGCCUAGAUAUUGUCCACCUGGUGGACAAAUAACUUAAUAUUUUUGUUGUUGACUUUUUCAGGUGUAUAGAAAUCUGCGUUGGUAGUCACAGUUUACCAGCUUUACAGUAAUAUUUCUUGUUAGCACCUAAAACUAGAAACGUGUAUAUUUCUUUGAAGCUUGUUGGCUCUUCAUGUCUUGGCAGCACAUCUGAAGCACAUGGCAAUUCUUGUCAAUAUCCUGAUGUAUUAACUAUAUUUAUAAACCAAGACACCAGAUUUUGAUGUGUCCUGGGUUAAAUUCUAACCCUACACUUAGCUUUUAUAUAGAGGUUAAAAACAGGUGGGUUAUCAUGGUAUUUAGGAAAUCAUAAAAUUGCAACUGUUAUAAAACCAUGUUAAGUAUUUAUAGUGGUUGUGUACAAAAAUGUCUUUAUAAUAAACUAUGAAAUAUUUAUGUUAAA